AUGUCACACCAACAAGAAGACGUCGUAGACGAUACUCAAGAAGAAUAUAUCAAUGUUAAUGAAGUGGCUGAGGAAGUUGCAGAUGAUGAUCAAGCGCCACCCGAUGAAGAAGAUGAGGAGAUGGAAUUAGAUGAUGAGCAUGAGACUUUAGAAAUUGACAUGUCCAACAAUUCAUGGACUUAUUUUGAUAAACAUACCGAUAGUAUAUUUACUAUUUUUUCACAUCCUAAAUUGCCAAUGGUAUUGACUGGGGGUGGUGACAACACGGCAUACUUAUGGACCACACACACCCAACCACCAAGAUUUGUUGGCGAAAUCACUGGACAUAAAGAGUCUGUUAUAUCUGGAGGGUUUACUGCAGACGGCAAGUUUGUUGUUACUGCAGACAUGAAUGGAUUAAUUCAAGUUUUCAAAGCCACAAAAGGAGGUGAACAGUGGGUGAAAUUUGGUGAAUUGGACGAAGUUGAAGAAGUGUUGUUUGUUACUGUGCAUCCAACAUUACCAUUCUUUGCCUUUGGUGCUACCGAUGGAUCUAUAUGGGUCUACCAAAUAGACGAAUCCAGUAAACUGCUAGUGCAAAUUAUGUCUGGGUUCUCACACACAUUAGAAUGUAAUGGUGCUGUAUUUAUACAAGGAAAAGAUGAAAAUGAUUUGACAUUGGUCUCUAUAAGUGAAGAUGGUACUGUGGUGAACUGGAACUGUUUUACAGGACAAGUGAAUUAUAAAUUGCAACCUCAUGAUGACUUUAAAGGAGUUGAGAGUCCGUGGGUCACGGUCAAAGUACAUGGUAAUCUUGUGGCCAUUGGUGGCAGAGAUGGCCAGCUAUCAAUUGUGAACAAUGACACUGGUAAAAUCGUUCAUACUCUUAAAACAUUGGAUAAUGUCGACGACAUUGCAGAACUCUCAAUUGAGGCAUUGAGUUGGUGUGAAAGCAAAAAUAUUAACCUCUUGGCAGUGGGUUUGGUUUCUGGUGACGUUUUAUUAUUUGAUACUCAGCAAUGGAGAUUGAGAAAGAACUUGAAAGUUGACGAUGCCAUCACCAAAUUACAAUUUGUUGGCGAAACCCCCAUUUUGGUGGGAAGUAGUAUGGAUGGUAAAAUUUACAAAUGGGACGCUAGAACUGGUGAAGAGUUGUUUGCUGGUGUGGGACACAACAUGGGAGUAUUGGACUUUGCUAUUUUAGAUGGAGGUAAAAAGUUGGUUACUGCUGGUGAUGAAGGUGUUUCAUUGGUCUUUGUACAUGAAUAG